AUGUGCCAGAUAAUUGCACAAAGAAAUGAUCGCUAUGUUCCCGGUUCGCCGAUAUUUCGUGAUGAUUGCAAAACCCCGCCGAUAACACCCGCCCCACCUUCAACGCCCAAGAGUCGAGGUAAAGGCGUUGCCGCUAACAACUUCCAAGCCAUGACCGUUUCGGUUACGCAAACAACGCAAGGUGGUUCCACCAUUACCUCCAUCACCAAACCGUGCACCGCUUCCAGCUGUUACGCUUCCACUCGUUCGGCUGCUAUGAUGGCACUCGCUUUGGGCCAUCGGCCGAGAAGUGCUGCAACAUCAGCAGCAGCAGCAGCAGCAACAACAACAACAGCUGCUACAACUACUGGAAAAAACAACACCAACAACACCAACAAUAGCNGCAGUGGUGGCAGUGCUUCUAGCAGCUCGGACAAUGACGGCUUCAACACCUCGUCAUCUUCCUCGGCCACUGCGUUGCGUCGCUUUUAUUUCAAGAGUGGCCGUAAAUCAAAAAUGAACUCGACGGCUACCACUUCGAUGACCAGUAUACCGUUGAAUGCCGUUUCUACGGCAGCUGCUGCAUUUCACACGUCGAUAAGUGGCGGACUGCCACCAACAUCGGCUGCCGGCACUGCUGCAGUACCAAAG